AACUUUAAGAUAUAGUUCCACUGAAUAUAAAAUAUUAAUAUAUCAUGAAUUUUUGUUAGUCUUCUUUGUGGAUUAGAAUUCAAAAUGUCAAAGUGGUUAUUCAUAUUUUCCAGCCUUUUUUGCGUUUUUUUCAGUUUCGUAGAGCCGAAAACUGACAGAGUUAUUUGCUAUUAUGGAAGUUGGGCAAACUAUAGAAAUGGUAAUGGUAAAUACACUGCCGAAAACAUUGAUUCUCACCUGUGCACACACAUCAUCUAUACCUUCCUUGGGAUAGAAAAUGAUGGAAAUUUGAAGAUUCUGGACACGUGGCUUGAACUAGAUCUCAGGAACCUAGAAAGAUUCAAUGCAUUGAAAAGACAGAACUCAAACUUAAAAACAUUGAUCGCUGUUGGAGGAUGGAAUGAAGGUUCUAUUAAAUAUUCUAGAGUAGCAAGUGAUCCUUUGAAAAGAGCUAAUCUAAUUAAUAGUGCGAUAAAAAUAAUGGAGACUUAUGGUUUCAAUGGGUUUGAUAUCGAUUGGGAAUAUCCUGCUCAAAGAGGAGGAGCUAGUGUUGAUAAGGGAAAUUUUGCCAUUUUACUGAAAGAAUUCCGGGAAGCUUUUGACAAGAAAGGAUUCAUUUUAACAGCGGCCGUAGCAGCAGCGCCCUUUUCUGUUGACAUAUCCUACGACGUUCCUGCUUUAUCUAAAUAUUUGGAUUCCAUCAAUGUUAUGGCUUAUGACUUACAUGGCGCAUAUGAUGGAGUAACAGGUGCUAAUGCCCCUUUAUACCCUUCCAGUAUAGACUCCUCUCCUAGUGCUAAAGCCCUGACUGUUGAUGCAUCAAUUAGAAACUGGAUUGCAAGGGGUGCAGAUCCUCAAAAAAUAUCAAUGGGACUGCCAUUAUAUGGAAGAACUUUCACUUUAUCAAAUCCAACUUUGAAUGGCAUUGGUGCACCUGUCGUUAUAGGCGGAAGACCUGGUCCUUAUACACAAGAAACUGGAAUGCUUGGAUAUCUCGAGAUUUGUGAAUUACAACAACAAGGAGGUUGGACCGUGAAUUGGGAUGAUAAUACUAAAACACCAUAUGCUUACAAGGGCGAUCAAUGGAUAGGUUACGAUAACUCUGAAUCCAUUAGAUUUAAGGUGCAAUACGCAAAGGAUCUCAAUUUGGGAGGUAUCAUGAUUUGGUCUUUAGAAACAGCUGACUUCAAUGGAAUAUGUGGAGAGAGUUAUCCAAUUCUGACGUCCAUUAAAAAGACAAUAAAUGAAAAUGACACAACCACCACUGCGUUGCCUGAACCAACUCCCUGUAGAACCGAGAACUGUGAUGAACCCAAACCCAACAAUAAGGAUGAUUCGAAGGAAUCCAAGGAUUCAGAAUCAUCUCCUGAAAAAUCCGCAACCACAACAACUACCGCGAAACCUGAAAACGAUAAUAACCCAAAGAAUUCGGAUGAUACGAAAUCAUCAAGUGCUUCUGAUGAGUCGAAAUCAUCUGAAAGUUCAAACGAGUCUAAACAAAAUGACGACUCCAGUAAAGAUUCUAGUGGUAGUAAAGAGCACAAUGAAGACUCCAAAGAUAGCAACAAAUCCAGCGAGUCAGAUAGCCAGGAUGAUUCAGAGGCCAGAGGAAAUGGAAAUGAAGAGUCCGUUUGCAAAGAGCUAGGUUUAUUUAGGAAUAACAAAGAUUGUUCUGCAUUCUUCUACUGCAUUCCUGAUUUGAAUGGCAUACGCAAAGUGGAUUUCAAAUGUUCAGAUGGUUUGGUUUUCGAUUCUGAAUUUGAAACUUGUAAUUUUAAGAGCUUGGUAGAUUGUAAUGCAUAAUUAUAUUAGGGAAAUUUUUAUGUAAAAGAAAUGAGAACUAUUUCCGAAUAAUUAAUAACCUAUAAAACCAAAUGAAAGUUGUACCUAAUAUUUUUUCAUUUAUAUUUUUCAGAUUGAAAACCUGAAUAUAGAGCAUACGAAGUUUAA